AUGCGCAGACUGGCAAGGACCAAGUCGAGCCGAGCCCUCGCGCCUACGGCUGGCUCCGACGAUGGCUCAGAUCCUCUGCCCCCUCCGCCGCCGCCGCCUCCCAAGACGGCCGAGGAGAGGAAUAUGCACCGCCGCAUGCAGGUCCGCAGGGCCCAGAUCCACCACCGCCAGCGCAAGGCGAACCACCUCAAGCAGCUCGAGCUUGACGUCUGCCAGCUCCGGGACCUGAUUGCCCUCGCCGAGCACGACACCCAUGCGCUGAAGCGCCAGAACAACGACAUGCGUGCUAUUCUGCGCACCGCCACCGCCGGCGAAGCUGCCCACUGCGGCGGCCCGCCUCUUCCUCCUCACCCGGCCGGGCCGCUCUCUCGGCAGCGGGCGCCGUCCGAGCUGUUUGGCGACGUCGACGUCGACGACUUGACCGUGACGCUUAGCGUCAACGAUGUCAUGGGCACGCCUUGCUUCAAAAUCAGCCCCCGCUCCGCCUCGGCCUCGGCCGGCAGCAGCCCCUCCGACUCGGGAUGUGAGGUGCCGCUGACGCCCGAGCAGGAACAAAGAGCCAUCAACUUCAUCCUUGCUCUCGAGCACGUCUGCUGGGACCACUUCGCCCUGGGCGACUUCCACUCGCACACGCACGAGUCGGAAGAGCCCCGCGGCCACGCCCUCAUCGCCAGCGCCUACCUCAUGGCCAGCGCCCCCGAGUCCGUCUACACCCAGCGCGAGGCCUUCAACAGCCCCGGCCGGAGCAUCUGGCGCCGCAGCAGCCGCCGGUCCGCGUCGCCUCCCGUCCUCAGCUGGCCCGCGCCCGCCAUGACCCUCGCCUCGCUGCUCGGCCUGGCCCGCUCGCUCAACCCGGGCGAGGACGAGACGACGCCCGUCCAGGCCUGGUUCGAGCUGGCCGCGCGCUACCCCGCCAGCCUGCUCCUCGGCGGCGGCGCCCUCGACGCCCUCUUGCGCGAAUUCAAGGGCGUCGUGCGCUGCGUCCAGUACGGCGCCGCCAUUGAGAGGCUGGCGUUUGAGAGUGUCGUGGCGAGGGUCCUCGGCCCGUCUGGGCCGCCUGUGCCUGUGCCUGUCUCAGUGUACGGGUGA